UUUUUUCGAUCCAAUUGCAUUUCGACUGCGCCGGCAAGAGCUAUUGUUUCUUUUCCCGAAUCUCUAAUCAAAUAAAACUUAUCAAAAACCAGUGAAAAUGCUGUCCAGCGUGUUUUGCAUGAGACUGAACACCUAUGGUGUGGUUAUUGGCUGGCUGGGCGUGAUUUUCUCCUUUCUGGCGGUGAUCCUUUUAUCCGUAGCCCUGGGAUUCGCUGAUGAAAUUGCGCAGCAAAUUGUUGAAGCUAACAAAAGUGCAGAUGUUACAGUGGAUCAAGUGCGCUCCAUUCUCAUUAUUGCCCUGAGUGUUUACCUGCCACUGAAGGUGAUCAAUCUUUUGGCAUCGGCCAUGCUGGUUGUGGGCACCGUUAAGGAACGCCAUCUGCUCCUGCUGCCCUGGCUGAUCAACAAUGGAGUAUUGCUAGCCUUUGCCAUUCUCUUUCACUUUGGCGUCUGGGCGCAAGUUAUUAGUGCACCGCCUCCCUUCUUGGAUGCCCUGCCCAUUCUCCUGUUCUCUUUGGCUACUCUCGCUCUUGCAUGGUAUUUGUACUAUGGAAUCUACUCGCUGUUCAAGCAAAUCCAAGCCAACAGUGAUAUUCAGCGUCCUCUGAUUCCGCCAGCUGCCCCGCAGACCAAUUCGUACCCCAGCUACACCAAGAUAUAGGCUGGCUUAUGAGUCAUUUUAAGCCGCUGAUCAACAGCUAUUGAAUCUUAUCAGUGCAGUUUCCAAUAUAUCUAUUUUUGUAUUAAAAAUUAACACGAACAAAAGCGAUAUUUGUAUGUCUAAAAUCAAAAUCGAUGCAUAUCUGUUUCUCUAUUGAAUUACUCACUCCAUAUGGCCUGCACCUGCGUUUAUCACUUUUCGAAUGAAACUGCAAGGCGAAUUAUGUAUGUUUAUCCAAUUGUCUGUGAAGAAAUAUAUAUUUUGUAUACACAAA